AUUGUCAUAAAUUCCUAUACUUUUAGCAUAUCAAGAAAAGUAUGAAGUGAGUACUUAAUAAUGUACUCCUUGUUCCUAAGAAAAAUAAAAAAUUAAAAAUUAAAAAUCAAACUCUUGAAUUUUUUGUAUUUAAAUGCACGCAAAUCGCAAAAGGUUGAGUUGCUUCAAAAAUACUUUAACAGAAAAACAAACAAAAGCCAAGUUAUAAUUUUAAUUUGUUAUUUUGUAAGGAGAAUGUCUAAGAAUGAGCCCCUAAAUUCACCCUUUAGCAGGCUAUAUCUCUGCCCCGAAACUAAAUCAGAUGAUAUAAUGAAUUGUGCCUUGGGUUUUAAAUACCCAAUUGAUGUACAAGCCCUUAAGGAAGCCUUGUUAAACUCACUCAUGCUCAAACACCCAAGAUUUUGUAGCCUCUUGGUUAGAAACCCUAACGGUAGUGGUGAACACUGGAAACCAACCCUUGUUAACCUUGAUGAUCACGUCAUCCUCCACCACCACGACAACGACAACGACAACGACGAUGGAGGAGGAGAAGCCGAAGAAGAAGAAGAAGAAGAAGCGGCGGUGAAUGCUUACUUAGCUGACAUUUCAGUGUCAACACCACUAAGCGAAAACAAACCGUUAUGGGAAGUACAUGUUUUGUUAGGGUUAAAAUGUGUAGUGUUGAGAGUUCAUCAUACAUUAGGUGAUGCUGUUUCUUUGAUGUCUAUGCUUUCGGCUUGUUUCGGUAAAAAUAAAGAGAUGAAAAGUAGUGAUCAUAAUGUGAAAAAUCAUAAUCAAGCAAACAAGGAUUGGAGAGGAGGUGGAAUAUUUGGGUUAAUUAAGAGUUUAUGGUUCACAUUUAUAUUUGGGAUGAGGUUAUUAGGGAGGAUUAUGUGGGUUAAAGAGAAGAUUAGUGUCUUAAGUGGUGGUGAUGGGGUUGAGCUUUGGCCAAGGAAGAUUGUCACUGCCAAGUUUAAGAUUCAAGACUUUAAGUCUAUCAAAUUGGCCAUUCCUAGUGUUACUAUAAAUGAUGUUCUUUUAGGGGUUAUAUCUCACGGACUUUCCAAGUAUGUCGAUGCAACAUCACCCAAUGCUCCACAGCAAGAACUUCGUCAAGUCACUGCCAUCUUGGUUUUCAAUCUACGUGAAAAUUCUUCAUUGCAGGAAAAGACAGAUUUAAUGAGAGUGAGUACCAAUGGGUUUUCUGGAUGGGGAAACAAAACAGGCAUAGUACUCCUGCCAAAUUAUUGCUGUAAUGGGCCUCAUCCUUUUGAUCAUGUGAGGGCAAUGAAGGCAACUAUGGACCAAAAGAAACAAUCAUAUGAAGCUCUCAUCUCCCACUUCACUCUCAAAUUAUUGACUUCCUAUAUAAGCCCAAAGGUGGGAAGUUGGGUCUAUCAGAGGAUACUUUGUAAAACAACAUUGCUGAUUUCAAAUAUUAUGGGUCCUUCAGAGGAAAUUGUUAUUGCUGGCAAUCCUGUAACGAACAUAAGACUGAACAUUUCAAGCCAACCUCAUGCGAUUACAUUGCACAUGGUGAGUUAUGCAGGAAAUGCCGAUCUGCAAGUGUUGGUGGCCAAGGACAUCAUCCCUGACCCAGAGGUCCUCGUAAACUGCUUCUACGACUCCCUACUUGAAAUGAAGAAUUGCAUCAAGAUAUAGACAUAGUUAUGAGUUUAUUUCUUAAGGUAUUUUAUGUAUUUGUCAUCUUUCAACCAUUCACAUGUUGGUAUAACUAGAUAUGUUGAUUGCGCCCACGGGUAUCAAAAUAGCGAUUCUACUUUGAAACGGAAACAACUCUUAGAAUCGAAUCGUAAGAUUCUACGAACAAGUAUAAACAAGAUUUUAUUCUCAAAUUUCAUUGAAAGUGCUUAAUUAUAUUAUAGGUAAAAAACAUAAUAAUUGAAAUAUAUAGUUGUUUACUAGCUAAAUAA